GCGCUGCAGCGGCGGCCGCUGCGGCCCGCCUGGGUGCGCCGCCCCGCCAACCACCACCACGCCCUCGAGAACGUCGCCACGGCGCUCGCCGCCGUCGCCGCCGACGGCGUCAAGCUCGUCAACAUCGGGAAUAUUGACAUCGUAAAUGGAAACCUGAAACUGAUUCUCGGAUUGAUAUGGUCACUCAUCGUCCGUUAUCAGAUUGGCCGCUCCAAAUUCCCACCAAAGAAACUCAUGCUGGCUUGGUUGAAGGCAGUGCUCCCAGAGUGCAGGAUAAGCAACUUCACCACAGACUGGAAUUCAGGAAUCUACCUCAGUGCUCUUCUGGAUUAUUGCAAACCGGGACUGUUUCCACACUGGAGGAGCUUAAACCCAAGAGACAGCAUUGAAAACUGCCGUAAUGCUAUGGAGAUAGCAAGAAGAGAGUUCCAGAUACCAAUGGUCCUUGAACCAGAAUAUUUAGCUUCUCCUUUCCUUGAUGAACUGUCAGGUAUGACGUAUUUGUCAUAUUUCAUGAAAGAGGACAGUCCAGGAUAUCAUGCUACCCUGCGAUGGGUGAACAGUCAAGUACCUGAACUUAACGUGCGGAAUUUCACUAGAGACUGGAAUGAUGGAACUGUACUCUGCUCCAUAGUGAGGUCACUGGGUGGUCCUGUGCCAGGAUAUGAGACAAUGUCAACAGAUCCCAGCUCUUGGGAGAAUAAUCUCAGCAAAGGGAUUAGAGGUGGUGAGAAACUUGGUGUGGAACCAAUUCUGAAAGCAAAGGAUAUGUGUGACAGAAAUGUUGAGCAUCUGGGAAUAAUGGCAUAUGCUGCAAAUUUUCAAUGGAUUAAACCACGCCAAAAACCAGGAGAUCGUGUCUCAGUUUUGUGUGAUCAUAACACUACCCGUGUUAACAAAGCAUUGCAUUUCAAACUUGACUUCCUGUCAACUGAUGUGAACCCAAAGGAAGUGACAGCAGAAGUGUUGGGCCCUUCCGGGAAAGUGGAAUGCAGACUGACACUGAAUCCAAAUGGUGGGAAAGGCACAUUUGUACCUACUGAAGUAGGAAUGCAUAAGCUGAUUGUAUACAAUGAAGGUGAAGUUGUCAGAGGUUGCCCCAUAAACAUCCGAGCUGCUCCAGAACUUACCAAGAUUUCAUUCCCAGGAAUGGACCCAUGUGCUAUAGGUUCUAUAGUGGAAGUUCUGAUAAAUUCAAAUGGAGCUAGCAGUAGGGAAAUAGACGUUUUAGCCCGAUCUCCCACUGGCCGUAGCUUGGAUUGUCCAGUGCAGGAAAAUGAUGGUGUGUAUACGGCGACAUUUCAGCCGGAUGAAGCAGGAGAGUGGAGCAUUGCUGUGACCCAUGGUGGAGAGCAUAUCCAAGGAGGACCAUUCACAUGCUUUGUGUUUGAUCCAAAUGCUGUGAAGCUCCAUGGGCUUGAGGGAGCUAAUCCUGGUCAACCAUUCAGUUUUACUGUGGAUGCUACCCGCACUGGAGGUCUUGGAAAUAUCUGCUUGGAUAUAGUGUCAGGUGGUCGGUCUGUACCACAUAGAAUUGAAAACGUUGGAAAUUCUAUCUACAGAGUUUCAUUUGUACCACAACAAGCUGGCAAGCAUCGAAUAUAUGUUUAUUUCAAUGGAAUAGAUGUUAAAGGAUCUCCAUUUACUUUGCGUGUUGGAAGUCAGAGAUCAAGAGACAAAUCUAUUUCUCCAACUGUGCACCACCAUAGUUCCAAUGUACAGCAAGACUCCUGGAAAGAACGAAGUAUUCGACAUGAUGAAAGAGAGCACAGUCAGUCACCAAAGUUGUCAUCCCCAUACGUCAAAAUCACCCCUCCAACUCCUUCUGUUCGACCAACAGCAGACAGUUACUUUUCGACUGAACUCGGCUUCAGUUCUCUUGAUCAUCGCCUGAACCGUACACACAUUUCUGAAGAACGUAUAAGUUCUCCCUCACGAGGCCUAGCUAACGGAAGAGGGCCCAGCCCAGUAAUACAGAAUUCUCCAAGUCCUAUUGGAGGGGCUUUGCACCAUGACCGAGAAAAGAGCAGUCCAAACCACAGCAGUCCCACUGCAUUUAAUAAACCAGGAUUCAGUCCAAUAUAUAAACCGGGAACUACAUCAAGUCCCACUUUCAAUAAGAUUGCUUCAAACAGCCCUAUCCAUAGCCCAACACACUUCAAAAGUAGUUCACGGCAAAGUCCGCAAGCAUUCAAAAGCCCUAUACACAGUCCAACUUUACAAUAUAAUGGUAAUAGUAACCAUUACGAAACUCAGAGUCGGCAUUUUGAAAGCAGCAACAGCAGAGUGAGGAGAGGAUCACUGGACUUGCUUGAUGACAAAGGAGUGGAUACAUCAUCUAAUGUGAGAGUUUCUGCAAUGCUUGGUGGGCUCAACCACAGAGCAGACUCUUGGGAUGCUAUUGCCAAAACAAAGUCCCUCCUGUCAUAUGGGAGCCUUGAGAGUCUGGCAAAUCUCGCAUCCAAAACUGAGAGCACAUCAAAUUUCCUCCAACAUGAGGGUAACCACACUACUUCCAUUCACCAUCCAGUUUCCAGUUCUGUUGAUGAACCUGAUGCAACCCACAGCCGUUUUAGAGUCGCUUCACCAUUUAGUGCUGAAACAUACAACAAUACUGUUAUCAACAGUCAGCGCACAUCAGGAGAUCUUCUAGCUGGUGGUAAUCGUAACUCACCAACAGGCCUGGGAAUUGUACAAGCUUUUGUAACUGGUGAUGCUCUAAAGCUGGUACCAGUCAACAGGCAGUCGUCUUUUGACAUGGAGUUACCAGAAAGUGGUGGAGACUUAGCUGAUGUCUCUGUCAACAUCACAUCACCUUCGAGACAUAGUAUUCCAGUUAAGUUGUUUAGGAGUGGCAGUCAUUUGACUGUUGAUUUUACACCAACUGAAAUAGGGGAACAUGUUAUUGAUAUACGAGUAAAAGAUUCGAGAGUUGUUGGAUCACCAUUCAGGACACAUGCCUACAAUGCACGAGCUAUUCAGGUUGGCAGAAUACCAAAUGGAGUCGUUGGACAGCCUGUGGAAUUUGAAAUUGAUGGCUCUGGAGCUGGGUCUGGCAACUUGGAGAUUCUAGUCAAUGGUGGCCACGUUACCAGCUUUGUCCGGAACUUGGGUAACCAACGUUUUCUGGCAUCAUUUGUGCCACAUGAAGCACUAUGUCAUAUGGUUGAGAUGAAAUUCAAUGGAGAAGUGGUCCCAGGGAGUCCCUGGCAGGUAGCAGUAAUGACGGGCCCCAAGAUGGCUGUGCUGGGAGAGGCUGUGCGGCUUGUUGCUGCCGGAACAACUGCAACAUUUGAACUCAGUGCUCCAGGCUUUUCAAGGGACGACAUAGACAUUCAGAUAAUAAGCCCAUCAAAGCGACCAGUUGCAGCUCGGCUUGUAGAGGAAAAGGGUGGCGAAUUCAGGGUGGAAUUUGUGCCUACAGAAGUUGGAAGUCAUUUGGUGGAAGUGUCUAUUGCUGGCCAGAAGUUGCCAGCUGGUCCACUGGUUGCAAAAGUCUACAAUAGCGCACUCAUUCGUGUCACUGAUGUGUCCAGUGGUGUUGUCGGACAACCGUGCCAGUUCAGAGUUGACGCAAGCCAAGCGGGAGAGGGUCAGCUAGAAAUCUCAAUAAAUGAGGGUGAAGUCCCUAAUCACGUUCAGGUUGUCGGAGGUGGUCGCUGCCUUGUGAGCUUUACACCUGAGCAGACAAAGUCACACUUGAUUGACAUAAAAUUUAAUGGUGAAACUGUUACAGGUUGCCCAUUUGUUUGCUCAGUGUCUGAUACUAGCCGGGUAUCUCUGACUUUGCGCAAUCUCGAGCUCGUACCGGUGAACGAAGUGGCGAGGUUCCACAUGGCAGUGGAUGGCAGUGGAAGCGCGGAGCUGGCCGUUUCCGUUCGUGGACCAUCUUCUGAGCUGCCUGUUAAAGUUACUGGGAACAUACACAGUGGCUUCACAGCAGAGUUUACCCCCCGUGAAGUUGGUGCACAUUCCAUAACAGUCGAAUACAAUGGCCACGCUGUGAGUGGAACACCGUUUAUUGCUAAGGCCUAUGAUGCCAAACGUGUGUUUGUUGGUCCUUUGCCUAAGGGCUCUGUUGGAAAGACCCUGCAAUUCAUGGUUGAUGCAAGCCAGGCUGGAGAAGGCAACCUGGAAAUAACAAUCAGUGCUCGUGGUCACAAUAUACCGACCCAAGUGCAUCCUCAGGGAAACGCUCGUUUUGCUGUGAGCUUUGUUCCAAUUGACCCGACUGAUCAUGUUAUUAGCAUUAAUUUCAACAAGGAAGGUGUUCCAGGCUCCCCUUUCCUGGCACGUGUGCAAGGAGACUCGCCACACCAAAUAACAGUUAGUGGACCAUCACUUUCCUCUGCAGCCGUCGGGAAGACAUCAUUCUUUACAAUGAGCAACGUGUCUGGAAGUGUUGAAGAUAUAGAAGUCAAUGUGGAAGGACCAAACGGACAGUCAGUACCUGCCCAAGUUAAAGACACUGGAUCGCAGACUUUCCACGUUGAGUUCACGCCGCGGUUGACGGGUGAGCACCGCAUUGCGGUAGCAUACCGCAAAGUGGCUGUUGCUGGCUCACCAUUCAGCUGCAAGGUGUAUGAUGUGAAGGCCAUCAAGGUGAAGGCUGUGCCCAAGGGUGUAGUCUCCAAGCCUAUCACUUUCCUUGUUGAAACAAGUCAAGCAGGCCCAGGAAACUUGGAGGUCACUGUGAAUGGUGGUAGGGUACCAACAUCUGCUCAGGCCCAAGGUCCACACACAUAUGCAAUUUCUUUUACUCCUAGAGAGGCAAUUGUCCACACUGUUGACCUACGCUUCAAUGGUGAAGAUGUUCCAGGUAGCCCUUUUUCUUGCCAUGUACUUGAGGCAGCUCGGGUGGUGCUGUCAGGAGAAGGUUUAGAGAAGGUUCCAGUGGCUCGAGAUGCAAAUUUCAGUGUGGAAGCAGAUGCAAGUUUGGGUCAGCCAGAAGUGCAAGUGCUUGGUCCUUCAAGGAGAAUAUUGCCAGUUAAUGUAAAUGCACAGGGUGGUGGUCACUAUUCGGUCCAGUUCACUCCAGUAGAUGUAGGUGACCACAGUGUUGAAGUAAAGCUUGGCAAUGUACAUGUGGAGGGAAGUCCCUUUCUUGUGAAGGCAUAUGAUGCUGCAAAAGUCAGAGUGACGGACAUAAAUUCUGGAAUAGUAGGGAAACCUGUGUUUUUUAGCAUCAAUGCUAGCCAAGCUGGAGCAGGAAAUUUGGAAAUAAUUGUUUCUGUGAAUGGCAGGAAUGUACCAAACUAUGUUCAGUCUGAGGGAAAUGCCAAAUUCAGGGUGAACUUUAAACCCCAGGAAGCUGCUCCACAUAGUCUGAGUGUGCGAUUCAAUGGUGAGCCUGUUCCAGGUUCUCCGUUUACCUGCAAGAUUCUUGACUCCAGCCAAAUUCUGGUGUCAGGUUCUGCAUUAAAAAUGUCUCCCCUCGGCCGCUCGGCAGUUCUCAUUGUCGAUCCUCAGUUACCGGCUGCUGACUUGGGCACUUGUGACGUCACAAUUGCUUCCCCUUCAGGACAGACUACUACUGCCAGAGUGACAAAGACAGAUAAAUUUAUUGCAGAAUUCACCCCACUUGAAGUAGGACGGCACAGUGUGUCUGUAAUGCUGGAUGGGGAACCAGUGAGAGGUAGCCCUUUUGCCUGCAACAUUUAUGAUGUUAGCAAGGUCAAAAUCUCAGGACUUGGACCAUCUAAGGUUGGUAAACCAGCGACAUUCACAGUGGAUGCCUCAGAAGCAGGAGAGGGCACACUGGAGCUGGUUGUUAGUACAGACAAGACAACGGUUAAAGCAGAGGUAGUAGCCUGUUCCAGAGGAUUAUAUGAUGUCACAUUUGUGCCUCAUGAACCGAUACCACAUUUUGUCAACAUUUCAUUCAACGAAGAAGAUGUGCCAGGUAGCCCUUUCCAGUGUGAUGUGUUGGAACUAGGUGCUAGAGAAGUUCGUCAGAUGAAGCAUAAAGAGUCACGAAUGGUGACUCUAAGGGGUGAAGGACUCAAAGAUGUUGUUGCUGGUUCCACAGCAUAUUUUGAUGUCGAUCCUAAGGGGCUUGAUGGUCACAUAGAUAUUGAAAUAAUAGGUCCUUCAGGCACUACUGUUCCAUGUUAUGUAAAGAGGCUCCCGAGUGGUCAGUGGCGUGCAGAGUAUCGUCCACAGCAUGUCGGACUCCACACUAUUGCUGUUCGUCAUCAGGGACUACCUACAGGACAAACUCUCUCUCUCGAAGUCUUUGAUCCCCGACAAGCACAUGUUAUUGAAAUGGAAGAAGCAUUCUGUCACAGGGCUGCAACUUUCAAAGUGGAUACUUCAGAUGCAGGAAGAGGAGUUAUAAAUGUUAGCAUCAGAGCAGCUGGCCAGGAAGUGAAACAUUCGAUUAGGCAGACUGAAGACAGCCGAUAUGAGGUGAUUUUUCAACCGAAGCUUGCUGUACCUCAUCGUAUUGAUGUUAAACUCAAUGGACUACAUAUAUCUGGCUGCCCAUUUGAAGUGCCUGUGAAAAAUCCAGCUGUAGGUCAAGAUGUAAUAGCCACAGGACUUGGCUUAUAUCAAUCACAAGCAGGCAAAGUUACUACAUUUGUGAUCGAAACACUUGGCCAUCCAGCAAAGGAGUUUGAUGUGGUGAUCACAGGUCCACUCGGUACAGCGGUUCCAGUCAGGUGCUAUCAACAAAAGGAUGGGAACCUGCUUGCUGAGUUCACAGCUGUUACUGCAGGGACAUACAAAAUCGAUGUCACGCACGGUGCGAGGGCAGUGAGAGGUUCACCUUACUUCUGCCGAGUGUACGACGCUUCUAAAGUCGAGAUAGCGGAUGUCAGUUCCAAUUCGGUUGCUGUCAGUGAAAAGAUUGCAUUUAAAUUGGUAAGAAAAGAUGCUGGUUUUGCAGAACUUGAUGUAACUGUGACAAGUCCCUUGGGACAAGACCUCCCUCUUGAGGUCAAGAGCUGGCCAGAAGAAAAAGAUACUGAUCUGAUUGAGUUCUGCCCUUCAGUGCCUGGAAGCUACAGAUUUAAUAUUAAGUAUGGCGGAGAAGAAGUUCCAGGUUCCCCUAUAACUUUCACCGUUGAAGAUUCAGGCAUGGCUAAGGCUUUGGGCGAGGGACUGCAAAGUGGACAAGUGGACUGUCCUGCAAAGUUCAAAAUAAUGGCUGUUGGGUUGACAGGAAAACCAACUGUUAAAGUGGAUGGACCAGACAGCAUUGCAGAACCGUCGAUUGAGAGAGAAUCGAACGGUGUGUACGCUGUAACAUUCACUCCAGUGGAAGUUGGUGUUUUUGAUGUUCAGGUUCUGUGGGAUGGUGUGCCAGUUCCAGGCUCUCCAUUCCAUCCAAAAAUAGUGGAUCCGAGGAAAGUUAGAGUCAUUGGUGGAUGGGAAUCUUUUAUGGAUUCAGAAGGACGUCUUGAAUUGGCAGUUCACACUACAAAGAAGAUAAGUAUGGAUAUUGGAGAUGCAGGACCUGGACAACUGACGGCAGAGUGUCGCGGCCCCACAGGUGCGUCCGUACCUGUUGCCGUAGAGCAGUCUCAGGGCACGAGAGUUCACCUGUUGCUGACCCCGAGGGUUCCCGGAGAUCAUGUGCUGUAUUUACACUUUGGCGGAGCCCCACUUCCACGCUCACCCGUACCAGCCAUAGCUGACGGUCCCAGUGGGAUGAGUGGGCCUGUGAGGGUAGUGCUCACAGGAAAGGGGUUGGCGGGAGCCAGGUGUGGAGAGGAGGCCGAGUUCACGAUUGACGGUUCGCAAGCUGGUCCAGGAUUGCCAGAAGUGACUCUUACGGGUAUGAAGGCUGAUGUUAAAGUGCAGCUCCAGAACUUGGGUAAUAGCACCUACAGAGCAACAUACAUACCUGCUGUUCCUGGAACAUACCUCUUGAACGUUAUGUGGUCCGAAAGGCAGGUGAAAGGUUGUCCUUUGAAAAUAAACAUAACAGCCGUAGCAGAUGCUAGUCGUGUUGUAUGCUCUGGUGAUGGUCUUCGCAUAGGAACUGUUGGCAAAGAAAUCCGGAGCUUUAUUGACACGAGGCGAGCAGGCCCAGGCGAACUCACUGCGCACUGUGUGGGACCUCACAAGGUCGCUUACUGCGAACUGUAUGACCACGGGGACGGAACAUUCACUCUAAACAUCAAGCCUCAGGAAGCGGGGCGUCAUGCGCUCACAAUAAAGUAUGGAGGAGAACACGUUGCCGGUAGCCCUUUUACACUUAGAGUCGCCGGGGCACCAGAUGCCACUAAGGUGCGAGUGUAUGGGCCUGGAGUGGAGCACGGAGUGUUGGCAACUUUCCAGAGCCGCUUCAUCUGUGACACAAGGGGAGCUGGAGCAGGGCAGCUCACAGUCAGGGUCAGAGGACCAAAAGGAGCAUUUCGAGUAGAAAUGCAAAGGGAGAGCCAGAAGGACAGGACUAUCCUGUGCAAGUACGAUCCCACAGAGCCGGGGGACUACCGUGUUGAAGUCAAGUGGGCUGGCGAGCACGUUUCGGGGUCGCCUUUUGUCGUCAUGAUUUUUGAUACGCAAGAGGAACUCACGAGGUUUUUGCAGGGCAGCCACUCUCCAAACUCAGAACUGUACGGCAGUGUCGGAUACUCGACAGGGUAUGCGCAUAUGAAUUUUGGAACUGGUCAGUCAACAUGGAGGGGUUCUCAGCCGCAGCUCUGAUGCAGAGGCAGUUCACCGAAGUGUGCCUGUUUUUGUUCUCGAUACAUCAUUUGUGGUUAAUUCACCUGUCAGAAAACAAAAACUGGCUGUAUUUAAAAUCGGUAUCUUAAAUUUAUUGUCUGUAUUAAUGUUAUAAAAAUUGAACCAAUGGUA